AUGCUUUAAAAUAUUGGGUGCCAUUUUUGUUGUUCAUAUGAAAUAUUAUAUAAACAGUAUCCUUCCUGGAGUCUGAGUCCUUAGACAUUUCUUAGUUAAAAUGAUAAAAUUUAACUCAUUAUUUCCUAUAGGAUUUUCCAAACAUUUGAGAGAGAGGCCAAAUGAUUCAUCUGAUCCAAAAAAAAGGUGUCUUUUUUAUUAUCUAGUGGCUUCAUGGAUGGAAUUUAUUUCUUCAUAUGAUUAAAAGUAAACUAUAAACUUGAAAGAAAUGCCGAAGGAAACACUAGAUUUCAGUUAGCGGUCUUAAAAGCCCCCAAACUCGAAGAGUCUUUUUGAUAAAGCCCCUGACUUCCCACAGAAUUUUCCCUGGGCAAUCUGUAUACAGGUAGUCCCUAAUUUACAAGGGGCUCCUACGACUCCGACUCCAUUGUAAGUUGCUUCUAUUGUAAGAUGAAUACCUCAUUUUUUCCCCAUUAUUAUUGCCCUUUAUUAUCAGUAUCUUUAUAAAUCUGAUCUUUAUUUGUCUUCAGGGGUUGGCAUGAGAAUGAUAACUUCAGCAAACUACGUGCUGCAACAUUGUAUGUCGUACAUAUUACUAAUUAUAAGAUGUACAAAAAAAAGGACAGUCGAAAGUGUGGUUCAUUUUAACUAGAACACUUCGUAAAUCGGGGACCGUACAGUACAUCUGGUACUGCUGAGCGUCUCCUCUGUAAAUAACCAAAAACCAAACCCGUUGCCUUCCAGUCGACUGGGACUCAAGAGACUCUAUAGAACAUAGUAGAUCUGUCCCAUAGGGUUUCCAAGGAGUGGCUGGCGGAUUCCAACUGCCGACCGACCUUUUGGUUAGCAGCCUGAACCCUUAACCACAGCACCACCAGGGUGCCCAGACGGUUACAGUUAGGAGUUUUGCCAGAUUAGAGGAACUAGGAGUCUGAGAGCUAAGUAGGGACCAAGGCAGAAGCUGGGGUCCCAAAUCUGGACUUCCCCUUAACGCACACUUACAGCACACUCUCUCCGACAAUAUCCUGACGUUGGUAAAACUGACACAUGGGGGUUUUCCUGUAACGGUGAAGAAGAGCUGUGCUGAACCCUAUUACCCUCCUGAGUCUCCCAGAGAUCACGCGCGGGUGACCGGCUUAGGGGUGGAGCUGGGACGUUGGAGCAAAUUCUCCGCGUGAAGAGGCCGGCCCUGAAAAGCCUAAUUUGUAACUGAUGACUAGAAUUAACAAACUGGUCAGGGGUAGAAUUCGGAGCUCCACCGCCCACGCCUCCUACAGGCGGAUCCCCAUCUCCCCGCUGCCAGUGCUGUGGAAUCCACCGUGGAGUAUUUUCUCCCGUCCUUCAGGCAGGCCCUCCCACUGCCUAACCUUUGCACUCUUUCUAAUUGCUCUGCUCUCAUCCUGACCCCCAUAGGUAUGUUUAAAGUCCACCUCUGGGGAACACACAGAUUGCGCGUUCCAGAUAAUCCCUUUUCCAGUCUGGUCUGACAUCUGGCGGGGUGGGCUGUGUACCUGGACUUCCUGGGACACUGGCUGGGGUUUGAGGAGAGGCCUCAGGACCUACCUGGCCGCAGGAUGAAGCUGGCCACCGGCUGCUUGAUUUUGUGGCUCAGCCUGGGGGGUGGCCUGACUCAGAGCGACACCAGUCCAGACACAGAGGAAUCCUAUUCAGACUGGGGCCUUCGGCACAUCCGGGGGAGUUUCGAAUCCGUCAACAGCUACUUUGAUUCCUUUCUGGAGCUGCUGGGUGGGAAGAAUGGAGUCUGUCAGUACCGGUGCCGAUAUGGAAAGGCACCGAUGCCCAGACCUGGCUACAAGCCUCAGGAACCCAACGGCUGCAGCUCCUAUUUCCUUGGUCUCAAGAUCCCAGAAAGUAUGGACUUGGGCAUUCCAGCAAUGACCAAGUGCUGCAACCAGCUGGACGUCUGCUAUGACACAUGUGGUGCCAACAAGUAUCGCUGUGAUGCAAAAUUCCGAUGGUGUCUCCACUCUAUCUGCUCCGAUCUUAAGCGGAGUCUGGGCUUUGUCUCCAAAGUGGAAGUAGCCUGCGAUUCAUUGGCUGAUACUGUGUUCAAUACUGUAUGGACCUUGGGCUGCCGACCCUUUAUGAAUAGUCAGCGGGCAGCCUGCAUCUGUGCAGAGGAGGAGAAAGAUGAGUUAUGAGGAAGAGGUGAUGGCUUCCUGUUUUUGAGUGACACCAAGCUGUCGGUCUUGGAGAUGGCAGUGCAGCAGAUGUGUCUCCUUUCUUCCACAGUCUGAACACCACAAAGCAGGAGAAAGGAGAUAUUUGUUCUACAGUUUGAAACACGAGUCACAUCCUUCAAGAAGAAUUGGAAAAAAGACCUGGAGUGAUUUGAAGGCUACUUGUCAUUUACCGCUGGUCUCCCCAGUGAAGACACAUUUGCCUGGAAAUUCAGUUCUUAGCUUAAAGACUAAAACACAAACACCCCCUGAGGUUCCUGGACCUGAUAAUUAUAUUCAUAAAUGAAAUUUUGGGAAGUCCAACCACUGGGAGGCAAUGGCUUUCCUCUGGUCCAUGUUUCAGUUACAGUAAGCAUUUCAUAUUUAAUAAAAUGUACUUUUUAGAAAAUUUGAAAAGAGAUGAAUUCCAGUAUCACCAUGUGUUUCCAUUUCAGUUAGAAGAGAACAGAAACUACCUGGUAAGUUCCACCAACGAUAAUGAUUCCCACUGGUG